AUGGGAAGGCAAGACUGGACGCCUUUGGAUUGGGCGAUUGCCUUUGGUGACCCUGACAUUGUGCGGUUCAUGUUGAUCAAAGGCGCAGAAUCUCUACCUUCAGCUCCACAUCCGACGAAGUCUCCAGAGGUUGACAGACUCUUGCGUGAUCCCCAGCCUAGGCCGCGCUGGUAUUCCAGGGAGAACCCACUAUCGGUGUGGUCGAGUAGGCCAAAGCUCAAAUUUACACCCUUCGAGGCCGCUUGCAAGCGUUUCAGCGUGAGCCUGGUCGAUUUCUAUCACCAUGACGGAGGCAUAUACCCUCUGGAAAUGAACGGCCGCUCGGUAUUCGAUGUCAUCUAUGACCCGGAUUUGGGCCCAAACAAAAUCAUGGAAUAUGCGCGAGAGAGCGUCGGAGACCAUCCCGCUAUGCAGAACCACCAUCGUUUCAGAUGGAUCCAUUUACCGGCAAACAAUUGGAAAUGGGUUCGGGAUCUCAUGAAGCGCAUCUGCUACCACACGAAGCAGGAGAAAGAAUGCUGGUCGUUGCAGAAAUUUGUGGAGGCCAACCGUCGCGAACACUUGGGAAGACCGCAAUCUCGUUUCAUGUUUACUGAUGUCCGGAUCGAGAACACAAGGGCAGGUAAGAGCCGUAGCGAGACAAAUGGCCCGAGCAUGGCUCUACAGAAUGCAGGCACCGGAAGUGACGAGUUCUGUCAUCUGCUGGGUCGAAGAAUGGCGAUCUAUAUGCCGUUUAUCACUGUUGAAACCGUUCAAGAGCAACAACUAUUACAGCAUGCAUGUCAAGAGGCUAUCGCAAACGGCCUAACUUCCAAAAACGUUCAUGCGCUCGAGAACCUACAGGAGAUUGCAAAUGCCCAAAGGGAUGCUGUUCCAUUUCUCACUGAAGACUCUCACGGAGAUCUCAGAGCCUUGUACGAAGCCAUUGCCGCUUCGAACUGGAACCUGGGCGGUAGGACAACCAAGGUUCUUGAGCGCCUCGUGAAAGCCUUCAAACGUGCUCCUAACUCGGGUGAUUGGACAUUGGAACGAACCUCAGGGUACGAUUUUAGCGGGCUAGAUCUGAAAGAGGCUAUUGAGGAGCAGAAAAAGAUAUCGGGCCCUUAUCACCCCAAUGACUCUGCACAGAAAGUGUUGUUGCGACACUAUCUCAGGGCUGGCGAACCAAACGCUCUUCACAUCCGCCGGACCCUGGAUCAGUACUACUACCCUGCGCUUCCAGAGGAUCGUACAAAAUGCCGCGAUGGAGACCAGGUGGUUUACCGCUUUCAAUAUAGGGAGCUCAGAAAAGCUAGAAAAGACCUUGGGCCUGAGACACUCCGCAAUCUUCGUAUUUGUACAAUUGAUCAGUUAUGGCUGUGGGUUAUUGACGAAAAAACGCUCAUCACCUGCUUUCCCCAAAGAUGGAGCCAGUCCAACCCGCAGGAGACCGAUACGAACAGCGGGCCCCCAGACGUGCUUGAGUUCGUUCGCGAUCGCAUUCACAGCGAUGUAAAUCUGGAGCUGAACUCGGUUUACCACCUUGCUACAUUCAUCACUACUCUCUGCACUGCGUUCGUGGAUGAGUGCACAGCAGAACCGUCGACCAGCCCGGAAACGUUUCUUCAAAUCUUCGCGAACGCUAUUGGUAUCGAAAGUGACGACGAGUCAAAUCACUUCGAGGAAUUCAAGAAUAGUGUCAAGGAACUCGAGAAAGGCCCGCUGGGCGAGGACGAUGCAAAGGUCCAGGAAGGCUCACUUGAUAGUAGUCUGAAAAUCAGCAAAGAAGUUGAUUGUUUGAACGAGGUCAAGGAUAUCCGGGACGAGCUCAAAAUCAUUUCCAACAUCUUCAGCCACCAGAAAUUUGUGCUUGAAGAGCUACGAAAAGAAGCGUCCAGAGAGUCUUCAACAGCAUCCCGAGAUGCUGAGUGUCUGCAUUCCAACUUUGUCUCCGAGUUACCAGAGUAUAGUGAUCUGGAGACCCGAUACGACCAAGUCAAAAAGAUGGAAGAUGAUGCUAAGGCUGUCUACGUUCGGCUAAACCACCUUCUGGAUCUUAAACAAAAACAUGCCAACUUUCUCGAAGCGGGAUUGGCUCGAGGACAAGCUCAGGAAAUGGCCAACCAGACAUCCAAGUUGAAUCAGCAAGCGAUAGAGUCCGGGAAAGAAGCAAAGACGAUCCUGUUUCUGACGUUCGUCACCAUUGUCUUUGUAAGACAGGCUCCUUAG